CAAAUUGUUUACAGAGGGAAUCCAAGCAAACUUCUCAAACAAGCAUCACAUAGCUACUGGAAAUCAAUAAGGAGGCGAAGGAGAGGAUGGCAGGAAUAAUAUCCUGUGAAUUUGAAGUAUUUGGGAUUGUUCAAGGUGUCUUCUUCAGGAAGCACACCCACAAACAAGCUAGUCAAUUGGGACUGAGGGGAUGGUGUAUGAACACUACUGCCGGAACGGUAAAAGGAAUCAUGGAGGGAUCUCCUGAUCAAAUUAGGAAAAUGAAAGAUUGGUUGCAGCAUGUGGGCAGUCCCAUGAGCAAAAUCGACAAAGCUGUCUUCAGUGAGGAGAAAUCUGUCUCAGAUUACUCCUUCUCAAGCUUCUCAGUCAAACACUAAAAUUCAGGCUGAAAUUGCACCGGGAAUUACUGAAAAUGUGCUUACCCUGUAGAAGGACACUGGCACAAGAAGUUCUUCCAGUUUCUUCGUCUCCCACUUGAUGAGAUUCUCCGGUAGCAAUCCCUCUUUCUUGAGUCUGGACAUCGCAUCAAAUGUCACCUAAAUCAUCGAAAUAAAUUGCAAUUUCUCACAAAA